UAACAAACAAGUCGGAAUCUCGUCUCCAAAGAAAAAGUCUCAUAAUUCACGAGAUCUGACAUGGAGCAUGUUUGCAAGCUGUGUCUAAAAGACGCAAAAGUGCAUGUAAAGGUACUCGGAUCAUCAGACAUUACAAAAGCCAUAUACGAGAUAUUUAAAAUUAAGAUAAAUGAAAACAAUUCGCAAUCCUUGGAAAUUCUUUGUCUCGAGUGUCACAAUACCGUUGCGGAGUUCUAUGUCUUCUACAAUACCAUCAAAACCGUUCAAAAUUCCAUCCAAGAAUCGUGGUUGCAAGAAGAAGAGUUUAUCGUGAAACAAGAAACAAAUGAUUUGAACGAAUUCUAUGGAGAUUCAACGGAUGACGAUGAUGCAAAUCAUGAAAGAAAAGACGAUACUUUAAUCAAAAAAACCGAAAUCUCUCCUAAAAAGCAAAUUGUACACGUCGAAUCCAUUCCAGGCGAAGUUGAAAUCGAAGAUGAAGAAGACACAAAAGAGGAGUUCAAUAUAACACUCAAAAAGCCACGAAAAGUUCAAACAUUUUACUGUGACAUUUGCGGCGCUACCUUCAAAAAGUACAAUUUCAUGAAAGCUCACAUCCUUCAGAAGCAUUUAGGAAUUUACGAAGAUGUAUGUCCUCAUUGCGGAAAAACUUCCUUCGAUAAAUCUUCGUUAAAACGACAUAUUGACUCUGUGCAUCUCAAAAUCUAUAAACGACGACGUGAUAUUUGCCCUGAUUGCGGAGUUGCUGUUGUUGCGUUGAAACUUCAUCGUCAACUGAAACACGGGAUCGGAGCAAAAGUUGAAAAAGUCAUGUAUGCAUGCGACAAAUGUGAAUUGCAAUAUACGAAGCCAAUGUACUUGAAACGACAUUAUCAGCGAAAGCACUUGAAACAGUUCAACGAUAAGUGUCCUUUUUGCGGAAAAUGUUUUUAUAACAAAAUGAGUGUCGAACGACAUAUGCAAAGUCAGCAUCCAGAUUUAGUCCCUGAGGAGGUUAAGAAGAAAAAACUUUUGGAAAAUAUCACGUCUCCGUGUGAUGUUUGUGAUAAAGUAUUCCAUCGACGAGCAAAUUUUCUGCGACAUCGACGAACAGUUCACAAAGAUAUACCAUUUAGCAUGUCUCCGAGCAAAUUGAAAACAGAGUGAAAUCUCGAAAUAUUUU